AUGAAGUUUUCCAACGUUUCUCUAGUUUGGAGUGCUCUUGCAAGUGUGGCACUGGGAUUGACUGCAGCUGAAUGGCGUAGUCAAUCAAUCUAUUUUCUGCUCACGGAUCGGUUUGCAUUGACUAGUAAUUCUACUACAGCUUCUUGCGAUGUUGCCGAUGGGUUGUACUGUGGUGGUAGCUGGCAAGGAGUGAUCAACCACCUGGAUUACAUCCAGGGCAUGGGCUUUACAGCCAUAUGGAUCACACCUGUCACCGAAAACUUCGAAGGCGACACUUCUGAUGGCGAAGCCUAUCAUGGCUACUGGCAGCAAAAUGCCUACGCGACGAACUCUCACUAUGGUGCCUCUUCAGAUUUGCUCAAACUUUCCGAAGCGUUGCACGCGCGAGGAAUGUACCUCAUGGUCGAUAUCGUGGUAAACAAUAUGGCAUACGAUGGAGCCGGCACCAGUGUCGACUAUAGCAUUUUCAAUCCUUUCCCAUCGAAAAGCUAUUAUCACUCUUACUGCCUGAUAGAUUAUAGCACUUACAAUGCGACUGAUUGGAAUGUUUGCUGGGAAGGAGACAACAUCGUCUCUCUACCGGAUAUCGAUACUACUCAGACAUAUGUGAAGGACACUUGGGGCACAUGGGUCGAGUCCUUUGUAGCUAAUUAUUCCAUUGACGGACUUCGUAUCGACUCCGCAGGGCAUAUCCAGCAGGACUUUUUCACUGCUUUCGAAGAAUCGUCCGGCGUUUACUGUAUCGGAGAAGUAGACUAUGGCGACCCAGCGGUUGUAUGCCCCUACCAGAAUUAUCUGAGUGGUGUUUUGAAUUAUCCAAUGUACUAUCAAUUGCUUUACGCUUUUGAAUCCUCCAGCGGUAGCAUCAGCAAUCUAUAUAAUAUGAUCAAUACCGUCAAAUCCGACUGCGCCGACACAUCUCUCCUCGGAAACUUCAUCGAGAACCAUGACAAUCCAAGAUUCGCUUACUACACAAGUGACUACUCUGAAGCCAAGAAUGUCAUCUCUUUCAUAUUCUUGACUGACGGGAUCCCGAUCUUAUAUUACGGACAAGAACAGCAUUACAACGGCGGAAACAUUCCUCUCAACCGUGAAGCUCUCUGGACAUCAGAUUACUCGACUACUGCACAGUUGUAUACUCAUACGAAAACUUCGAAUGCCAUCCGUUCGUUGGCCAUUACUAAAGACUCCGCCUUCUUGACUUAUAAGAAUACCCCCAUCUAUCAAGACUCCAACACCAUCGCCAUGCGCAAAGGCACAACAGGCCUGCAACUUGUCACUGUCCUUUCAAAUCUCGGCGCAAGCGGUAGUUCCAGCACUCUCACCCUCAGCGGCAGCGGGUACACAUCCGGCACUGUAGUCACAGAACUAUACACCUGCACAAACGUGACUGUUAGCUCUAGCGGCACAAUCGCCGUGCCCAUGGCCUCGGGUUCCCCGCGGGCAUUCCUACCCUGGUCUUCUGUGUCUGGAAGCUCGUUGUGUAGCGGCAGUGGUUCAAGCUGCACAGCUGCGUCAACUGUAGCAGUCACAUUCGAAGAAGUAGUCACCACCACCUACGGCCAGGAAGUGUAUAUCUCCGGGUCGAUCAGCCAGCUCGGCAAUUGGAGUACGUCCAGCGCUGUAUUGUUGUCGGCGAGUCAAUACACCUCGUCUGAUCCGGUGUGGACGGUAACUAUUAGUCUACCCGCUGGAGAGUCGUUUCAGUAUAAGUUUAUCAUUGUCAAUACUGAUGGCAGCAUUACGUGGGAGAGUGAUCCGAAUAGGAGUUAUACUGUGCCGACGGGUUGUGCAGGGUUGACUGCGACGGUUGAUGACACCUGGAGGUGA